AGAAUUACGAGGAAGGAAUGAAUGCUGAUAUUUAACAACUCCUUUGUUAAGGAACGACGGUCAACGCAAGUGCUUGAACAGUGAAGUUUAAUGGCGUAUGGUGAUCCAUAAAAACUCCCACUCAAUCAAAUUCCAAAAACCCUUCUCUUCCAAUGAAGAAUCACAAUAUCAUAUUCUUCACCAACUGCAAUUUCCCUAAACCCUUUUCGCUUCUCAAUUUAAUUUCAUCAUUUUCGCUGUUCUUCCUCCUCUCUCUGUUUCUCCAACCCGUUUCUUCUUCUUCUUCUUCUUCUUUGAUUAACAAUCCUCCUCCGCUUCCCAUUCUUCCCAUCCCCUCCGCUAGUCAGAUCCAAUGGCAACUCGGAAACAUGGCUCUAUUCCUUCAUUUUGGCCCCAACACCUUCACUGAUUCCGAAUGGGGAACUGGCCACGUUCAUCCAUCUGUUUUCAACCCCAUCAAUCUCGAUGCUGCUCAAUGGGUCCGAGUCGCCAAGGACGCCGGGUUUUCUCGUAUCAUUCUCACUGCGAAGCAUCACGAUGGGUUCUGCUUGUGGCCGUCGGAGUAUACAAAUUAUUCAGUGAGCUCGAGUCCUUGGAGAAAUGGCAAAGGAGAUGUGGUUGGGGAACUCGCCAAGGCUGCUAAAGAAGCGGGACUUGGAUUGGGCCUCUAUCUGUCUCCAUGGGAUCGUCACGAGUCAUGUUAUGGUAAAACUCUGGAAUAUAAUGAAUUCUAUCUUGGGCAAAUGACUGAAUUGCUUACAAGGUAUGGAGAGAUCAAGGAAGUGUGGUUGGAUGGUGCAAAAGGGGAGGGUGAGAAGGACAUGGAGUAUUUCUUUGAUUCUUGGUUUAGUUUAAUUCAUCAGCUUCAACCAGGGGCUGUCAUUUUCUCCGACGCUGGUCCCGAUUGUCGGUGGAUCGGUGACGAAGCUGGUGUUGCAAAGCCUACUUGUUGGUCUCUUUUUAACUCCAGUUCUGCGAAGAUUGGUGGCACUGAUUCUCGAUACUCUGGGGAAGGUGACCCAUACGGCCAUGACUGGAUUCCAGCUGAGUGUGAUGUCUCAAUAAGGCCUGGUUGGUUUUGGCAUCCAUCAGAAGUUCCAAAAUCUGCAAGAACUCUUCUUGAUAUAUAUUACAAAUCCGCUGGAAGAAACUGUCUCUUGUUGCUAAAUGUACCACCAAAUUCCUCUGGUUUAAUAUCAGAUGAAGAUGUACAAGUACUUCAAGAAUUCACCAUGAUUCGAGACUCCAUUUUCUCCUACAAUUUGGCUGAAAAUGCUCUUGUCGAUGGUAGCAGUACGCGAGGAGAUGACGAAGAUGUCCGCUUCACCCCCGCCAAUGUCCUCAAGGAAGGUAUUUACACUUACUGGGCUCCUGCUGAGAACCAACCCACCUGGGCAUUGUAUUUAAACCUUCAAGAUUUUAUAUCUUUCAAUGUGCUGCUUAUUCAAGAACCAAUUCACAUGGGACAAAGGAUUAUUGAAUUUCAUUUUGAUAUUCUGAAUGAUGAGGGAGUUUGGAGUACAGUGGUGACAGGCACCACAGUGGGAUACCGAAGAAUUCUAAGAUUUCCAGCUGUAGAAUCUCAGUUUUUGAGACUUGUUAUUGAGAAGUCAAGGGCUGAUCCCCUCGUUUCUUAUUUGGGGAUUCAUUUGGACAACUUCUCUCACUUGGAUAGUCAUUUGGACAAGACGAGCAUCAACGGCAGUGAAAUCCGUCGACAGAUUACCCUAAACAAUUCUGAGAUUUCUGCUGUAUAAUACUUGUAACGAUUUCUUAUCAAAUUUGUAUCGAACAUUGUUUUCAUUCCAUUGAAAUCAACACAAAAGCUGCAACUAUGGCAGGCUUGUUGAUGCUAUUAAGCAUUA